GAAAUGCAAGAACACUGUCUCACACCAAUGCAAUGCAAGGUUACCGAUGAGGCGAUGAUAGUCGUCAUCUUCCAACAUCGGUGGUGAGCUCCUCUGCUCUCCUCUGCUCCAAAGCUCCCCUCUCCUGUAUAUAUAGCCCUUCCCCUACCUCCUGCUCUGGGCACACCACCGCUCAUCCCACCUCACUCGCAAUCGGUUACUUGCUCCGACGAGGGCGAAGCAAGAUUACGCAGAGGCAGCUCUCGAUCUCCUCAUCCAUGGCCUCCGCACACUCGCAACCGAGCAGCCCCAAGCCCAGCUCCCCCGGUGCAUCCGCCGAGCUCGGCUACGUGGUCCGAGGCGGGCAGAAGAAGCUGACCCAGCGGCAGCUCUCCAGCUCCCUGUCCAUGAAGCGCGUGGCGCCGAUGGAGGUCUCGGCGGAGGCCGGGAACGCCGCCGCCGCCGACUGGCUCGACGACGACGGCCGCCCGCGCCGCAGGGGCACGCUCUGGACGGCCAGCUCCCACAUCGUCACCGCCGUCAUCGGCUCCGGCGUGCUGUCGCUGGCCUGGGCCAUCGCGCAGCUCGGCUGGGUCGCCGGCCCCGCCGCCAUGCUGCUCUUCGCCUUCGUCACCUACUACACCGCUACGCUGCUCGCCGAGUGCUACCGUACCGGCGACCCGGACACGGGCAAGCGCAACUACACCUACAUGGACGCCGUGCGCUCCAACCUCGGCGGCGCCAAGGUCGCCUUCUGCGGCGUCAUCCAGUACGCCAACCUCGUCGGCGUCGCGAUCGGCUACACCAUCGCGUCCUCCAUCAGCAUGAAGGCCAUCAGGAGGGCUGGAUGCUUCCACAAGAACGGGCAUGGCAACCCCUGCAGGAGCUCCAGCAACCCUUACAUGAUCCUCUUCGGCGGCGUGCAGAUCCUCUUCUCGCAGAUACCGGACUUUGAUCAGAUCUGGUGGCUGUCCAUCGUCGCCGCCGUCAUGUCCUUCACAUAUUCCUCGAUCGGACUCUCCCUCGGCAUCGCACAGACAGUCUCUAAUGGUGGGUUCAAGGGCAGCCUCACCGGCAUCAGCAUCGGCCCGGACGUGACGUCGACGCAGAAGAUCUGGCACAGCCUGCAGGCCUUGGGCGACAUCGCCUUCGCCUACUCCUUCUCCAACAUCCUCAUCGAAAUCCAAGACACGAUCAAGGCGCCGCCGCCAUCGGAGGCGAACGUGAUGGCGAGGGCGACGCGGCUGAGCGUGGCGACGACCACCGUGUUCUACAUGCUGUGCGGGUGCAUGGGCUACGCGGCGUUCGGCGACGACGCGCCGGACAACCUGCUCACGGGGUUCGGCUUCUACGAGCCCUUCUGGCUGCUGGACGUGGCCAACGUCGCCAUCAUCGUGCACCUCGUCGGCGCCUACCAGGUGUUCUGCCAGCCCAUCUUCGCCUUCGUGGAGCGCCGAGCCGCGGGGGCCUGGCCGGACAGCGCCUUCAUCGGCAGGGAGCUCCGCGUGGGGCCCCUGGCGCUCAGCCUCUUCCGCCUCACGUGGCGGUCGGCGUUCGUGUGCUUCACCACCGUCGUCGCCAUGCUGCUGCCCUUCUUCGGCGACGUGGCGGGCCUCCUCGGCGCCGUCUCCUUCUGGCCGCUCACCGUCUACUUCCCCGUCGAGAUGUACAUCAAGCAGCGCCGCGUGCCCCGCGGCAGCGCCAUGUGGGUCAGCCUCCAGACGCUCAGCGUCACCUGCCUCUUGGUAUCCAUCGCCGCCGCCGCCGGUUCCAUCGCCGACGUGGUCGACGCACUCAAGGUCUACCGGCCGUUCAGUGGUUAAUUUGGUAGAAUAAUCUGUCUAAUCCUUGAUGUAAACAAACACAAUAGUACACAUGCUACAGCAUAGGGCAGGAGCCCCCUCAAGUAGAGCUACAAUGACUAUUGUGACUUGCAAAUGUCAAGCACCAUUAGAGCCCAAAAAAAUGACAGGUCAAAACAUGGCCCAUUACCUACAGCUAGUUCUGGACCCUGUUUGGAACUUUGGAUACAUAGAGAUAAUGAUUAUCCCUUACCUCUUAGUCCUAAAUUAUCCC